AACCCAUUUCCUCUCUCUCUUCUUCACUUCAUCUUCUUACACCAAAUCUAUCUUCAACAAACUCCAUUCUCUAUAUACAACUUAAAAAACUUUGAUUAAUCAGAUCAAAUAUUUCACAAGUAGUUAAAUAACAAACACACUUUCUCAACAAUGAGACUCUCUCUUUCUCCCGUACGUCCGCAUAGUGUACUAGUAGUACCUUCACUACCAAAGCACGACGUCGUUUCUUAUAUAAAUGGUACGACGUCGAAUCGUCAAUGUCGAUGUGUACUUACUCUUCCUUCUCCUUCAAUUUCUACCUCCCGACCACCGGUUCUACCCAAACCGGAAACCUGGGAGAGUUUGCUACUAAACCAAGAUCAUAUUUCCGGCGAAGUCUCGCCCUCUGGUUCGAAUAACCCGGUUAAGCUUGGCCGGAGAUGGAUGGAGUACCAGGGGCUUCAAAAUUGGGAUGGUCUUUUAGACCCAUUGGACGAAAAUCUCCGGCGUGAGAUUCUCCGGUACGGUCAAUUCGUCGAAUCGGCUUAUCAAGCGUUUGAUUUCGAUCCUUCUUCUCCAACCUACGCGACAUGCCGGUUUCCGAGGAGCACUUUGUUAGACCGAUCCGGUUUACCUAAUUCCGGUUAUCGACUAACGAAGAACCUUCGUGCCACGUCAGGUAUUAACUUGCCACGUUGGAUUGAGAAAGCGCCAAGCUGGAUGGCUACACAAUCCAGCUGGAUUGGUUACGUGGCAGUUUGCCAAGACAAGGAAGAGAUCUCACGGCUUGGGCGUAGAGACGUCGUCAUCUCCUUCCGUGGAACCGCCACGUGUCUCGAAUGGUUAGAGAACCUUCGCGCCACGCUGACUCAUCUCCCUAAUGGGCCUACUGGACCAAAUCUAAACGGGUCUAACUCUGGGCCCAUGGUCGAGAGCGGCUUUUUAAGCUUGUACACUUCAGGGGUUCACAGUUUGAGAGACAUGGUAAGAGAAGAGAUCUCAAGGCUACUCCAAUCUUACGGCGACGAGCCGUUAAGUGUAACGAUAACCGGCCACAGCCUCGGAGCUGCGAUCGCCACACUAGCGGCUUACGAUAUCAAAACGACCUUUAAACGUGCGCCGAUGGUUACCGUAAUAUCUUUUGGAGGUCCACGUGUUGGAAACAGAUGCUUUCGGAAACUACUUGAGAAGCAAGGCACGAAGGUUCUAAGAAUCGUGAAUUCCGACGACGUUAUCACCAAAGUUCCUGGAGUCGUUUUAGAAAACAGAGAGCAAGAGAACGUUAAGAUGUCGACGGCGUCAAUAAUGCCGAGCUGGAUACAGAGACGCGUGGAGGAGACGCCGUGGGUUUACGCCGAGGUCGGUAAGGAGCUUAGGCUGAGCAGCCGUGACUCGCCGCACUUGAACAGCAUCAAUGUGGCCACGUGUCACGAGCUGAAAACGUAUUUACAUUUGGUAGACGGAUUUGUGAGCUCCACGUGUCCAUUCAGAGAGACGGCUCGGAGAGUUCUCCAUAGAUGAAGAUUCAUCUAACAUUCGUAACUAAUUUAACUUUGUGCAAAGAAACAGUAAACCAAGAAAGAAAAUCAUGAACCGGAAUGGUUUGAUUUAUUUGGUUAAUAGAUUAAUUUCGUUACA